AUUGGGAUUCCGUUAAUUCUAAAUACAAAAAUCAAGAUUGAUGAAAUUGUAGCAAAAUAUAGGAAAUGUAGUAUUAAUCUUGAAACUAAUCGAAAUAUAAGGAUAAGACAUGGAUCCUUACCGUAUGACCGACAAUAAUAAUUCAUUUCCAUCCGUCAUCACCUUAAAUGUAGGUGGGAGGAUCUUUGCCACUCGACUCUCAACACUGCUGAAGUAUCCCGAUUCUAUGUUGGCUGUGAUGUUUAGUGGACGACAUGUCAUUGACAAAGACAGUGAUGGCAACUACUUCAUUGAUAGGGAUGGUACUCAUUUUAACCACAUUUUAAAUUUCUUGAGAAAUGAUCAGGACCUACCACCAGUUGCACUUGCUGAAGAAGUACUAAAGGAGGCAAUGUUCUAUGGAAUUGCACCUUUAAUUGAUGCCAUGAAGAAUUCGCCUCCACUGUUUGCCGAGUAUGUCGUGAGGCAAAAUAUCCGAGAUAAAAUCGAGGAUUAUAGUGCUGUUAAACAGAAAUUAAUAGACCUCGCCAGAGAGCAGGUGGUAGAAAGUGGUGCCAUAAUUUCAGUGGUGAGAGUCGCCACCACCAAGAAUCAACCAAUCCCAGGAGAUCUGCAGUUUUCUAAACAAGUGUACAAGCAAUUCUACAGAAAGUUUCGAACAUACAAGUCUUUCGAAUCAUGCUUUGGCAAAUACCAUCUCCAUAUUCCCUGUGAAAAUAUCAAGGGGCUGCCCAAUGUUGUUAUGGACGUGCUUGCCAACUGUUUAACAUGUGAUCUGAAUAAAGAGGGCUACCAUUGCUCUUAUUCUGUUGAGGGAAUACACGAUGAGGAACAUAAACUGAAGACCAUCACAUGGUCCGAUGAUGAAUUUCAUGUCUGCACUAGCUGCCACGUUUUUCGUUUCGAUUGGCUGGAUACAUCACUUCAAUUUUAAAGAAUUUUUACGCAAUGUUUAGUUGAUGUGGUCAAUAAAAGCAUUUUAUGAUGUGCUUUAUUUCCUAUGUAUCAGUUUUAUUAGGAUACAUGGAUUCUGCUUUAUUCUUUUGCACAAUCGGUGAAAAACGGUUAAUUUAUUUGAAAAGAGUGAUAUUUUUCUUAAGUUUUAACCUAAAUGGUAGUAAUUUUUAUAUUGUUAUUGUCAUUUUAACAAGAUCAUGGACUUUAAUGGUUUGAUGUAACUAUCAAGUUCAGUUCAGGAUCAUCAGUAUCAGCUUGUUGCUCUAGCCCUAAGUGAAAUAUCCACUGGUUUCGUAGGAAUAGUUUAGAGUGGACAAAUGUUGUUGAUUUCCAUUUUAAAAUCAGAAUCACUGACAAUGAAAUUGACAGGCAUACAUCAAAUGGCUGUUGAACUACUCAAAGUCCAUGGUCUCAUUAAAAUGGCUCGAUCUAAAAUACUUCCUAAUGUAUGCAUAGAUAAUACAAUCAACCAUUUGUAAUCUUGAAAGAUUUUCAUCUCAUCAUGGUUGUGUUGAUUUGUAUUAUUUUGGCUAUAUUGAUUAUUAAAUUACAAUUACAAUCAUAUGCAAUUUAUUUUUAAGUAAACAAAUUGUGUUUGUAAAUAAGAUUGAUGGUCUGAACAAAUGUAAAUUAUCAUAAUUUUUUAAAUUUUUUUAUUUAUACUACAUCUUUUAUGAAAUUAUAAGUUCACAUUUAGUUUACCUAUUUUUGUGAAGAUAUGCAACAUACAUAUAUACAUGUACAAAUUUUGCUUCACAAACUCUUAUUUUAUUAAUAAUAUAGCAUUUUUCAAGAAAACCCUGGGGAAUAUUUUAACAUCAUGGCAUCUAUAAAAAAAAAUGUCAGCCUUUUUUUUCCUUCUAGUCAAGCUUUUAUAAUGGUUAUGAUAUACAUUACAAGCCCAUGACAUGUAUCCUUUUUUUUUAAUAUGUACCUUACAGUAAAAGAAUUUUUUAACACACCUCAUCUAUGCUUCCCAUUUAAAAUCAUUACGCAUGAAUUUUGGAUAUAUGCCUCAUACUGCACUAUAUGAUAAAAAAUGCCACUUCUGAGGCCAGUUUGGACCUAAAACUAUAUAUUUGAUUGAUCAUAAUUACAUUUUAUCAUACUUUAAAUAUUAUUAUAAUAAUUGUACCUACACAUUUGCCAUACUUAUAAGUCCUUGUAGUUACCUGCUUGAUAUUGUGAAAAUGAGUCUAUUAUAUUCCGUCUUCUUCUUUUCCCCCUAAAUUUAUUACGGUAAUAAGUUUACAUUAUCAUACUCCUACAUAAUUUAUUGAAUAUUUUUAUCAUUAAAAUGAAAAUAAAACACUCAUGUUGGGUACCUGUGUUACAUGCUUUUUUCUGAAAUGAAUACACAAAUCCACAAUAUUUUUCUUGUUGGCUUAUGUGUUUGUGUGAAAUUAGUUUUUUAAAAUUAUCUAUGGCUUUAGUUUAUGUAAAAUCUAUUAAAAUUUCAUAUGUACUAGUAUACCUAGAAUUUGCUUUUAUUUGCUGUACAUCUAAUCUAUUGCAUAAUGUACGAGCACAUGCAGUCACUAGUGCAAAGUUAAUAAAAUAUGAUCUCAUAUUUUGAAUUGUAAAGAUUAAUAAAAUAAAAUUGUGCAAUUA